GCAGCGGCAGCGGCCGGAAAAACAAGUUGGCUCAGUGCCCCGUUGCCAUAUUGACAUAUUCUCGUUGCGCAUUCAGUGGUAAAGUGCAGGUGCGCAGUUUGUAACGGCACCCAUGCGCGAACAGCUGAUCGAUAAAAAUCGAUUGAAACUAACCUAACCUAACGGCAAUUCAGUUUAAAAUAAAAAUAAAACCGUAUCACUAUCAGCUGCAUCAGUAUAAACAAAAAAAAUAAAUAAAAAACACAAAUUGCAGCAGGCUGCGAUAUUAACAAUAUUUAUAUAUAAUAUAUAUAUAUAUAUAUAAAAACGUUACAAAAAUAUGUUUCAAAUUCCACGACCAUCGCGGGUAACGCUGCAAGGCGCUGCCAUAGCGCUCGGCAUGGUGAUGUUAAUGUCCUGUGUACGUCCUUUGGGUGUGCUGUUCCUGGGCCUAUUCAGUUACUGGCUGUAUUGGACACGGUGCAGUUUUCGUGUUGUUCUCACACCGCAGCUGCGCGAAAAGCUCGAGUCUUGGUUGCAUCGCAUCGAGGAUUGGCGUCGCAAUUCACCCAGCAUGUUCUGUUUGGUAAGCAGCGGCAGCCUGGCCACUCUUGCCGUGUUGGGCCAUCUGAUAUCGGGCUCCACUCUGGUGCUGACCCUAUUGGUACUCUCUGCACUCGUAUCCACCAAAUACAAUUUCAAGCUGCUGCAAAUCGAACACAAAGAUUUUAAAUGGUCGGAGAAGAUCAACUAUAACAAUGCCGAAGCCGAGCUAGAUGAUGAGUUUAUGCCGGAUGUAAACGAAUCGAAUCUAUUUGUGUUGGAACGCGCCAGCGAUGUGGCCACCAUCAGCUCACCCACCGACGCCGAUGGCGUUGGCGAUGGGGAUGAUGAUGAGUGCAGCGACGAUAUACCCUCCGAGCUGCUUAUACCCGAUUCCAUACCCGAAAUCGAUGAGCAUUCAACAGACGAGGACGAUGAGUUGGUACCUCUGUCGCAGCCCAAGCAAAGUGCGGAAUCAAACGCUGCUCCACAACAACAAUACGAGCAGAGCCGGCCAGCCGAGGGCGAACAGUCAACUGCGGACAAGACAAUGGACUUUCGUAGAGGGCACUUUAAGCGCGACUCCUCGUUGUCCACCACCUCAUCAUCAUCAGAGGAAAGCCUAUCCAAGGGCCUGCAAUUUCCCGACCACACCAGCGUCGAUGCUGGCGGCCCCAACACGCUGCGACAGCUUACUGAAGCGCCCAGCGAUCCCGCUGCCAGCAACAGCUCUCUAAUGGCGCUGGCUGUUAAAACGCAAGCGCAGGCACUCCUGCCCAGUCUCAUGACCAAUCUGGUUAAAUGGGGCGCCAACCAGGUGGACAGCACCGAUAAUGCGGCGGCGCUGGCCAAAUAUCAGCGACGCCAAGUGACCUCCCUUGACUCAUCCGAUGAGAGCGACUUUGAGAUACUCGAAACGGAUGACUUUAAGUAAACUAUUGUAACGGCAGCAUAUUACCAACUAAUAUCUUAAAUAUAUAUACAUAACAUAUAUAUGCAUACGCGUGUAGAAAUUACAGCUGCACAGAUGCUUAUAAAACAAAUUGGGUAUCAGAACUUUUGAUUCUGGCAAUAGGUUUUUGCAUGCCAUAUGAAAACGCGAUGCAGAGAGUUUAUAAUUUGCGGCUUUAUACACAGAAAAUGUAUGUAUUGUAACUCCUACUAUAUAUUGAUGAUCUGCAUAUAUACCAUUUUAUAUAGGUUUGUAAUGUUCGCUUUAUGACAUCCACUUUAAGUUCUGUUCAGUUUGUUGUGCUUGUAUACAUUGUAUUUUUAUUUUAAAUUAUAGUCUUAUUCUCUAUUUUUUUUUAUUAUCAUAAUUGUGUUUUGGAGCAGCGGUUAAGUUACUAAAGACGCAAAUUAAAAUUGAUUUGAGUUUCGUUUAUGAUUUCUAUUAGAAGUAUGCAAAAAUGUAAAUAGUAUAUCAAUAUUCAUAUAAAUUUAUACGGAUACUCAUGCAAAUGUUGAGCUACUUAAUCUGUACCCACGGCGUUAAAAAAAGAAACACAAACAAAACAAAACAAAACAAAGGAAAAUCGGGCAAACAUACAUACUUACUCCUCUAUAAAUUUGAUGCGGUGCUAUAAACCAUAUUUAAACAUAAACAAAAGGAAAAUCGCUUCAAAGAAAUUUGACGAAAUUGUGCAUAAAAGAAUUGCUCUUUAGCGAUUAAUGCUAUUUACUGAUUAUCGCGAAAUAAAAUCGAUUUAUUUAAAAAUUUUUUGUGACCGUUA